AUGAGUUAUUUCGCAUCUUCAUCAUCAAAUCAUGGUACUAAUAGAGUACUUGAACGUACUCUUAAUGAAAUACUAGCAGUGAUUAAGCCAUCAGAAGAAGAUGUAAGAGCACGAACCCGUAUCAUAGAUGACCUUAAGGCCGUUGUUAAUCAAUCUGCAGCAGAAUAUUCAAGUCUUCAAGGAGUGAUGAAAUCCCAUCUGCUUCACUUUGUCGCUGCAAUAGACAGACGUUUCAGGGAUAUGGUUUUAUUAGUCAAGGUCCAGGAAUGGGCUAAAUCUGAAGAUAUCAAUAACGCAAGAGAUGGAACCUUGAAUUCGUACGCUCUUUGCUGGCUUGUUAUUUACCAUUUUCAGACAUGCAAACCUCCAAUUUUGCCUCCACUCAAGGAACUUCACACUGGGGGAACUGUAGCAGGUAGUUUGAUUUAUUCUGUUUACGGAGACGAUCUCAUCAAUCAAAUGAAUGCUAAUGUAGAAAGGUUUAAGAGGGAGAGAUUAAUAAAUACCAGCUCUCUGUCUGAACUUUUUGUUUCGUUCUUUCAAAAGUUCUCUGCAGUGGAAUUCACAAAUUAUAACUACUUUUGCACCUAUACUGAGACAUGGGAAGAAACAAGUGACACUUACCUUGCAUUUUUGGACGAUGUCCCUCUGCUACAUAUAAGAGAUCCAUUUGCGCGAAAUGAAAAUGUUGCACGGUCAGUUGAGGACACAACAAAGAUUUUUAAAGCAUUUCAAAAGACUUAUGCUAUGCUUCUUUCAGCCAGCGGACGUGAUAGAUUUUCUUUAAUUUCCAACUUUGUGAGGCCUGAAAUUGGAGCUCAGAUGAUUACAAGAGGUUAA